CAAGCAGUUUCAGAUCCUGAAGGCAAUUUUGGGAGGAGGAUAUUAAAAAUCUCACCGAUGGCUUCGCAAUUUCUGGCGGCGGCAGCCGAGAGGAUCGGACCGGCAGCGAGGCGUCAAGCCGUCAGCUUAACGGACGCGGCGGCGAGUCGUAUACGGCAGCUUCUGGAGCAGCGCCGGCGGCCCUAUCUCAAGCUCGGCGUCAAGGCUCGUGGCUGCAACGGCUUGUCGUACACUCUCAAUUACGCAGAUGAUAAAGGGAAGUUCGACGAGUUGGUUGAGGACAAGGGUGUGAAGGUAUUGAUCGAUCCUAAGGCGCUCAUGCACGUUAUAGGAACCAAAAUGGAUUUUGUAGAUGACAAACUCAGGUCUGAGUUUGUAUUUAUCAAUCCCAACUCUAAAGGACAGUGUGGUUGUGGAGAAUCUUUCAUGACAACAGGUGGUAGUGGAGCUACUAAGAAGGUUUAAAGAACUAUGGCCAGCUCACGAUGAACCAAGACAUUACUAACUUAUUAUUUUUGAUGGCACUCUCCUGAGUUAUAGCAGUCAGUGCUAACUUAGGUCUUAAAAAGUUCAUAUUCUUCUGUAAAGCUGAUUCCAAUUUUGUUUGGAACAACACAAUGUAUAUCUAUAAUUUAUGUGCUUGUUGAAUUUGUAUUAACUUUCGUGAUGUGAACGUGAACAUGUAAACACCGCCCGACUUGUGGAAAUUGCAGCAGUGAGAUUCCUAUGGGGAUCUUCAUGGCUAUGAUCAGCUUUGUGAUCAUUCCUCCCCUCCUGCCCC